AAAUUAAUUUUAUUAUUAUUAUUACCCAAUUUUCGAAAUGUCUCAAUUACUUAAAUUGACUAAUUCAAUGUAACCAUUUGAUUCACUCCAUAUUUCUUCAGUCCGAUUAAUAAUGUUGAAACGUUUAAACCUGGACAGCACGAAAAGUUUAAAAUUAUUAUCGCCAAUUCUUUUUCUUUUAGGAUUGGGAAAUUUAAACGUUUUAAACAAAAAAUUAACAACAUUUUAUUCAAUUUACAUCGCAAUUUUAACGACGACCAUAACGACAAUAAACGUUAAAUUAUUUUCGUUUAAACAAACGUAUUACAUAAAAAUGCCUUUCUCGCACGUUUUAAUUGAUAUCUUAGUAAACGCAUUCUUGUUCAUUUUAGCAACAAUUGCGAUUUUAAAGUUAACGUUUUUGAAACAGCACAAAUUAAAAACGUUGUUGAACGUUUUAUUUGAAGUGGAUGAAAUGUUUUCGAAGCACUUAAACGUUAUUGAUAGCAAUAAAAAGGUUUUAACUGGAUUUGUUAUAACGAAUUUGGGUUAUUUGAUUAUUUUUGGAAUUAAUAUUUAUUUUUGGGGGACAAAUAGCCCAACGAGAGUGGUUUAUUAUUAUUCGGUGGAGUAUUUUUUAAAGUACCACGUCUUUUGUGUGUUUAUUUUAAUGAUUAAUAUAAUGAUUGCGAUUUUUAAUCGGCUUAAAACCAUCAAUUUAAUCAUUUCGAACAUUUCAAACACAUCAACAACAAAACAUACCGAGAUAAUAAAAGAUUUAAGACAAAUUUUUACUCAACUUUGUGAUUGUAUCGAUAUCUUCAACGAUAUUUUUGGAUUGUAUUUAUUGAUUUUUGUAUUUUACACACUUUCGAGUGCUUUAUCAUCAUCGAUACAGCUCAUACGAUUCUCAAAUCCAUACAAUGUAUUUAAACAAAGAACAAACACGUCUUUGUUAUUAACUGGAGUUGUUUUAUGGACUUUAGUUACAGUUCACAUCGCAGCGCUUAUAAUUAAAAUCGCUGAUGACACGUCAAGAGAAUCGAAGAAAAUAACAUCUCUUUGCUACAAAUUAAGCAAAAAAACUCGUUUUUAUGAUAAAAAUGAUUUGAAAACUGAGCUUGUUGUUUUUGCCAAACAAGCUUAUAGAAGUGUAACUAGCUAUAACACGGCUGGGUUUUUUAUUUUAGAUAAUUCAAUAUUUUUUAAGUUUUUAAACAUGUACAUUUCUUAUUUAAUCAUUUUGAUACAAUUUAAAAAAAAUUUAAACCAUUUAAGUGACAGAAAUUAAGCGUUGAUGUCAAAUGGGUUGCCUACAUCUUUAAAUUAUAAACAAUUUUUUUA